AUGGACAUCCACCGUUGCCGCUUCGUUCCCUACAAGCCUUCGGCCAUCAACGCCGUUGCCUUUUCCCAUAGCAAUCCCAGAUCUGCCAAGCAUGCGGCCAUCGCUCGCUUGGCCAUCGGCAGGGCCAACGGAGACAUUGAGAUAUGGAAUCCCUCCAACGGAACAUGGCACCAAGAAACGGUCAUUCGCGGCGGCAAGGACCGCAGCAUCGACGGCCUCGUCUGGAUCAACGAGCCUGACCAAGACCUCGGCGACGGACGGGUCGUCAUCGGAAAGUCACGCCUCUUCAGCAUCGGCUACACAUCGACCGUCACGGAAUGGGACCUGGCGAAGGGGAAGCCGAGGCGGCACGCGAGCGGCCAGCACGGCGACAUCUGGUGCAUCGGCGCCCAGCCGGCCGGUCCAGCUGAAGGUUCAAACAAGCUGAUCGCCGGCACGAUGGAUGGCGAGUUGAUCAUGUACUCGGUCGAGGACGAUGAUCUCCGCUUCCAACGGGUGCUCGUCCGGUCCCCUACGAAGAAGGCGCAGAUUGUGAGCAUCACCUUUCAGUCGCGCAAGGUCGUCAUCGUCGGCUGCUCAGACAGCACCAUCCGAGCAUACGACAUCACAAAGGGCCACAUGAUUCGGAGAAUGACGCUCGGCUCCGACUUGAUGAGCGGCUCCAAGGACAUCAUCGUCUGGUGCGUCCGAUGCCUGCCCAACGGCAACAUCGUCUCGGGCGACUCGACGGGACAGGUUUGCAUCUGGGACGGCAAGACGUACACGCAGAAUCAGAGGAUACAAAGUCACAAGCAGGAUGUUCUCAGUCUCGCGACGAGCGCUGACGGAACGACCAUCAUGAGCGGUGGCAUGGACAGGAGAACCUGUCUUUACAGGGAAAACCCCGCUGUCGGGCAGCGUUGGGCCAACGUCUGGGGGAGACGCUACCACGAGCAUGAUGUCAAGGCAAUGGCUUGUUUCGAAAACGGACGCGUCAGCGUCGUCGUAUCAGGAGGACCUGACGCCAACCUCAUGGUCGUUCCUCUCAAGGAGAUGGGACGCGAACACCACAGGAUGAUCAACAGUCUGCCGCAGCAGCCACCGAUGAUGAGCGCCUCGAAGGCUAGGUUCGUCGUGAGCUGGUGGGACAGAGAGGUCCACAUUUGGGCACUGCGCAAGCCUGCCACGGAGCUCUUCGAGUCCGGCGCCGAAGGAGCUGACAUCAACGACAACCGCAAGCUGCUCAAGACCGUCGUCAUCAAGGGGGACUCGAACAUUGCAUCGGCGGCGGUCAACGAAGACGGCACCCUCCUGGUCCUGUCCACGGCAACCGACGUCAAGGCUUUCCGUCUCCAGCACCAAGACCCCGUGAAGCCUUCGGACGUCGCGAUUCGCAGCAUCGAGCUGCCGGAGAAGCUCACCCGUCUCGGCGCAACGCGCGUCGAGCUCUCGCCCGACGCCAAGUGGUUGUGUUUGGUUCGGGAAGGCUCUCGCGUUCUCGUGGCGCGCAUCGACAUUGGCGGAGACGAGGACACAUUGGUGAUGGAAGCCAAGCUUCAGCGGCUGCCUCGUCUGCGCCGCAAUAUCCCCCGAUACAUCCUCAAUGGCGGCCUUGGCGGCUAUGACAGGAGCAUCACCCAGGUUGCGUUUAGCACCGACUCCAAGAUGUUGGCAGUCGCCGAUCUCGCCGGCUUCAUCGACACCUGGACAGUGCGUGGCCACGAGGAGGCGCUGCGCGGGAAGGAGUUGGAGGCCGCCGAUGAUGCGGCCUCGUCGGAUGACGACUCAUCCGAUGCGGACGACGCCGAAGCCGUCGACGCCGGCGAGCAGUGGGUCCGGAAUCCAAACGCGAAGCUGCUUCCCAAAUUGGCCGCCUCCCCGGUUGUCCUGUCAUUCUCGGACGAUGUACCCGGAUCUCAUGGGGCCGACAAAGACGAAUGGAGGGACGCGGCAAACGACUACGUCCUGGCGGUCAUCACCUCGGCCUGGAACGUUCUUGCCUUCCACCCCCGUCAAGGCUCGCUCACGGCAUGGUCCCGGCGCAAUCCACGCAAGUGCCUACCGGCGCCCGUGCAGGACCUGCUGGACCUGCCCAAGGGGGUUCUGUGGCAAGGCGCAAGGCUGUGGGUGUACGGUGUGUCGUUCUUCCUGAUGCUGGACAUGGCACAAGAUCUUCCCAAACACGUGCCGGAUGCCGAGAGCCCGGCAGAGCUGCAGAUGGUGCACGGCACGAAACGGAAGAGGACCGGGCCGACGACGGGAGCGGGAGGCAAAAUGAAGCGGGAGAGCCUGGCACCGCACAAGAUUCAAAGGCACGGGGAGGGUGAGGAGUUUGAAGAGCUGGACGUCGGGGAACGGCCGGUCGCGGACGAGAGCGACAGCGACGAUGAGAUGGUUGACGCGAACGGCGAGCUUUCCCAGCUCCGCAACGGCGGCAACAAAGGCGAUGCCGAGUCGGAGCUGACGGUGGGUGAGCGCAAGAAGUGGUGGAUAACGUACAAAUACCGUCCGAUUCUUGGCGUCGUGCCUCUUAGCUCGGGAGACCAGCCGCUCGAGGUGGCACUCGUGGAGAGGCCAACGUGGGAUGUGGAGAUGCCCGAGCGAUACUUUGCUGGCAACGAGUGGGAGAGAUAG